UCUUGUACCGGUACCACCACCACCACUUUAACUGUGGAAGCCCAGUAUUGACUGCCGGCCUCUCCCACUGCUCUGUUGUGCUCUACCAAGGGUCUUCUAGGGCUCGAAAGGACAACAUAUAAGCCCUUUUACCACUGGAACUGCGGUCCGCUACCGGCAAAGAGUAUUGUAAUCAACGACUGUCCUAUGCUGGAUCUGUCCAAUUGGUUCUCUGCUUUUUGUGAGAAACAGGUAUUGGACGACCAGGGUCCAAGCGACUCAGCGGUGGAAAUGGGCUUGCAGACGUUGCCGUACGACUUGCUGCUGAACAUCGCUGCCUAUCUCAGCCUAUACGACGUGCAUGCGCUACAUCUGACUUGCAAAUCUUUGUACGAUUUCUCCAUUACCCGACCGGUAUACCGCCAGCUCGCCACAGAUCUACUCAAACGAUGUCGGGCACUCCCUCUGAAGGGCUUCCAGCGGCCUAUGGAACUCACGACACCCCAGCUAAUACGCGCUGUCAACAAAGCUACCCGGAACGAGCAUGCCUGGCGCCGACGAACACCCAGGCCCAUCACACGGCAUUACGAACCAGGCAUACACCCGCUCAGCAACUACCUAGAUUCUGACGAAAAUAUUUAUGACCCUAGACCGCCCUCGUGGUACAGAAUCGUACGGUCUCCCCCAGAGGAAGAAGUCGAUUGGUUAUCGCCUAUCACUUCGAGCUAUACACUGUGCGCCACAAAGAGCGGCAAGGUCGUCUGCUGGGAUAUCCAGACGGACACCUGUCUCGCUGAGUGGACCCCGGGGGAAAAGUGGGAGCUGUGGAAGUGCAGGGUCGAGUUCGAGACUCGGUCUGUUUACUUUACGAUGGCGAAGGUGCCGUCGGGCUCCUACGACGAUGCACAGAUUAUGGAAUUCAUCCUCAUGCGAUUGCGUUUCCCAGAACCCCUCGCAAACGGUGCGCUGAAUGGGCCACCUACCUUUAAUCAUGUUACACGCUUCAAAACGAAGGGAGUCGUAAUGAACGUGUUUCUGCUCGAUCCGGUUGCCAGACUCUUGUCGAGCUACAUCUGGAUAUCGACGUCCAACACUAUCGCGCUGUAUCUCUUGCCGGACUGGAGCAAGGAUGAGUACGUCUUCAUUGAUACAGGUAUCGAAUGUUCCGUCUCAUCCAAUUGGUCCUGUAUACUAUUGGACAAGAUCAUCGUUGUUCAUUGCGAAGAACAUGAGUCUCUAUCUCAGUAUUUCUAUCCAGUGGCGCUCCUUAUGGCGCACAUCAGACCCGCUGCAAAAGCCCCAACAAUAUCGGGGCACGUGCCGCCCUUUCGCUCUUUAAGCAAAAAGUUCAUCUUCCCCCCUCCCAUCCCGUUUCCCCCACCUAAUGGCGACAACACUACUCCGACAGUACUUGGCAUCAGCGCACCCGGUGCAGCACCGGCUAGCCUUCUCGCCCUAUCCACCAAUGGCACCGCAAGCACCGCGACAAACCCCUUUCCCUUCCCUCCCUGGUACCCAGAAAGCGCUCAUUUCGUGCGCCAAUGGUGGCCUGCACUGCACGGAAUGCCUCGGGUGAGCUGCACCGUGAUACUCAUGGCCUCGCACGACCCCAUAACCCACAAAACCCGGUUCAUCCUCGCCCAACACUACUUUCGCGUCCCCAUGCUCGAUGUCGACCCCGACUGGCUUCACUUUCCAUCCAAACUCCCUUAUUCCUCCUCCUCUUCCUCCACAAAGUUCCCCGACACACACCUGAUGAAACUCUGGUACGUCAGCACACCCUUCGAGAUCGUCUGCGUCCUAGACGGGCCCGAGCCCGAGCCAGACGAGGAAUCCGACAGGCCUCGACCGCUCAUCGCCGUGGACUUUGGGCACGCAGUGUGGAUCGAGUACGUCGAAGUCGACGGGGACUCGGGGGUAGGAGACCCCGAGGCCAAGUGGCUGCGCUUCGUAACGUUCCCGCCUUACGACGAGGACGGGAGCCAGUGUGGUGGGUUCGCCUCACCGAGUGAGGUGCGCACGCUGGAGAUCCCGGAGGAGCUGGAUUUGGAUACGGUCGAGACGAUUAAUAUUGAUCAGAGCCAGGGAGCGGUGAUUUUGUCUGUGAAGGAGGGGAAGAUAUUUAUUCUGUGUUAUGAGUGAUGGAUGACAGUUUAUGUGUGUGUAUUUAGGCGGUGUAUAUGUACUUGGUGCUAUUUUUUAUUCUAGUCAUUCUAAUUCUACUCAUUACGAAGAGCCGA